AUGAACGGAGAUCACGGAUUCGUUCUUGUGCUCAUGUUCCGCAAGCGGGACAACAACGCUUACGAUUUGCUCAUGGGGCCGCAGAUUAGGGGACUGGCUGGGACAAGUGGAGGCCUGCCCAACCCAGAAAUCGAGAGACGAGAGAGGUAUUUUACUUUUGAGUGCUGCUGUGUGUCUCUGUCUCUCUCUCUCUCUCUCUGUCUCUCUCUCUCUCUCUCUGUCUCUCUCUCUGUCUCUCUCUCUCUGUCUCUCUGUCUGUCUGUCUGUCUGUCUCUCUGUCUCUGUCUCUGUCUCUGUCUCUGUCUCUGUCUCUGUCUCUGUCUCUGUCUCUGUCUCUGUCUCUGUCUCUCUCUGUCUCUGUCUCUGUCUGUCUCUCUGUCUGUCUGUCUCUCUGUCUCUGUCUCUGUCUCUGUUUCUGUCUCUCUCCGUCUCUUUCUGUCUCUGUCUCUGUUUCUGUCUCUGUUUCUGUCUCUCUCCGUCUCUCUCUGUGUCUCUCUCUUUCUCUGUCUCUCUCUUUCUCUGUCUCUCUCUUUCUCUGUCUCUCUCUCUCUCUGUCUCUCUCUGUCUCUCUCUCUCUGUCUCUCUCUCUCUCUCUCUCUCUCUCUCUCUCUCUCUCUCUCUCUCUCCAUCAUCAUCAUCAUCAUCAUCGUCAAGAGUGGACGUGCGUGCGGUUUUCCCUUUUUCCCAGAACAAGGACAUCUUGAUUACCCUCUCUCAGAGGAGGUCGCCGUGGUCAAAUUUUUCAACGCCCCCUUCUCGCUCUUGGACCUCAAUCGAACCCUGACCCAGCGUGGUGUGUUUGAGACAUGGACCGACGCUUGCGGCUACCACCCUCUCGUCCUGCGCGACGGCAGCACCAAUGAUGAUGACAACGAUGACGACACGUCCACCGCAAGCCCAGUGCCCGUAACCGUUACCUUCACCCCGUCACCUGCGCCCACCGCCACGACAGAUGACCUCAUCGCCGCCCGCUUGUUUCAUUUCAAGUUUAUCGACUCGAGUGGUCACGUUGAUGCUACCGUUGAAGCCCCAGAUCGAACACUACUCUUUCCUCCCAGCUCGGGCUACAUACACGGUGCCACUGACCCGUGUGCAAAAAGCAACGCCUCGCAUGUUUGCCUGCCCAGUGAUGUCAACUUGACUCGCCAUGCCAACUUGCUCAUGCGCCUGGUCAAUGCUAUGGGAUGGCACCACGUCGUUGCACUCAACGACAAUUCCUGCACCAUCUUCACCCUCCCGGUCCCCCUCCGCAACGCCAUUCUUGAAGCUGCCGAUGCAUACAAUGUUUCACUCAUUGCACACGAGACAGCCUAUGAGGCCUCCUGUAGUGUCUUGCCCGUCGACCAGCACCCAAUUCGCCUCGUCUUUGCCGAUGAUGUCUACAGCAUGGCCCUUGCCAUGGUCCGCUCCAUCACCUUUCAUGCCGAUAACCAACGGCUUGUGUAUCUCUACCCUGAGGACAUCAACGCGGUGUCCUUUGAAACGUUAAUUGCCGCCAUGAAUCCUUGGGACACGACGGGCGAAAUCCGCGCCAUUGCACGCGCACGCACCAUUAUCAUCUCUAGCAAGCUACCAGAUUUGCUGACGGAUCUUCCCGUUAUUACGGCAGCCAAUGCCUUUUUGAGCUACUUUGGCACUCGAUGCACAGCUCUUCAGGAUCUAGUCGUUGACUAUCAGCUCAAGGAUGCCAAGAAUGAUUUCAUGGUGGCAAUGCAAGCCCCCACGGACAAGAACCCAGAGCGCGACGUCCUCGCCUAUCGGCUGCGGGCCCUCACUUCGGACCAAGGCAAUGUCGUGUUUUACUCUCUGUUGGGUGCAGAAAUUGACCAACCCAUCCUCUUUCCGACCUAUCCAGAGCUUCUCCCAGCUUCUGAGUAUCCUCUGGAAAUCCGCAUUCUUCUUGUAUUCCAGAGGCUCAGUCCCACCCUUCAAGGAGGCUCGGCAGGUGCUGAUGCUAUGGCUCUUGCCGCAGCAGAAUACCUGGCCGAAGUGUAUCCAGACAUUCGUGUUCAACUCUUGCGAGCCGAUGUGACUGGGCAGGACUGUUCUGUAAUCCCCAGCCUGGCAGAGACACAUGCCGUGCAUUUGAUUGCAGGGCCUGUGGUGUCUGAUUGCGCCAUCAAGGCAAUGAAUGUUGCCCGCCUCAACCCGGAUCUGCAGCUCAUCAGUCCCAUCGGUUCUAGCGCUGUGCUCGUGAACAGCUCCGUCUAUCCCAAUUAUCUCAGUCUAUCGGCAUCCACACUCAAGCUGGGUGCCAACUUGGUAAAUUUGGUCUCAGCACUUGGCCAGUUUGACUGCAUCACGCUCAUCCACGACGUUUCGAUCACUCCUAACGUGGAGACAACUGAGCGAUUUCGUUCGCUGGCCACGGCCGCAGGCCACUCGGUGGCUUUGGAGCUUGUUUUUCCAGCCAGCGAGGACGAAAUUCUCGUCGAUCAACUCCUUCAGGCUCUUUGGGCCAAUGGCACGGGCCUUGUCGUCGUUAGCCUGUACCCCAUCCAAUCACGGGUACUAUUUGAGCGUGCUUACGCUCUUGGCACCUCGCCAUACGCCGCUCCCUUUGCGGCCUUUGAUUCCAGCACAGAUCACAGCGUUUUCUUCCCGCAAAUCCUCGACCGUGCUUGGGUCAUCAACGUGGCCGAGAUUGUCAUGAUUGCCGCCACGGCAGCAGAAAAAAUGAAGUACACCAACCGCUUUGGUCGCAAUCUCAAUGUGACCCGGCGACUGUUGCGUGAAGCCGUCGCAUCCAUCCUCGUCAACAACUCGAUCGAGGGCCUUUACUAUGACCAUCUCAGCAUUGAUGCAGAGGGCGAACUUGGGGCCACAGAAACCGUGGCCUUUGUCAACGGCGAUGCAGUUACCAUUGGCAACCCAGAGGGUUCGGCCAAGUGCCCCGAACCCUUGGUGGCCCCGCCCACACUUGGACGCAACGACAUUGCUCUAGGCCCUCUUCUGGGCGGUGGGCAAUAUGGACAGGUCUUUCUGGGCACAUUGCGCCGUGGGCGUCGCAUGGGCUGGUCCAAACAAGCAGACCAACAAGUGGUUUGUAAGCAAGCCAAAUCAGGAGACUCGACUGCCACGUCAGAAGCGCGCCUCUUGACCGAGGCCAUCUUGCUGAAUCAACUGCACGAUAACAACUACGUGGUCAAGUUAAUUGGCAUUGCCGUGGCCCAACCAUCACUCAUUCUCGUUUUGGAGUACUGCUCCCAAGGUGACCUUGCCCACAUGCUGCGCACCACUGUCGAGGACAACCGGCAGAUUGCAGUUGCAGAAAAAAUGCGCAUGGCGCAAGACAUUGCCCGCGGCAUGGCCAGCCUGGCGCGCUAUUCGAUUGUUCAUAGCGAUUUAAGUGCGCGAAAUAUUUUGGUUGAUGAGAAUCAUCGCUGCAAGGUCUCCGACCUUGGAUUGGCUUAUGUGGGCGCUGAUUUGCAGGACGUGGGUGCUGUAACCGCCGUUCGAUGGGCGGCGCCGGAAGUGCUUGACGGACGUAUCGGCCCACAGAGUGACGUUUGGUCAUUUGGAAUCGUUUUGUAUGAGAUUACGACCGACGCCGCCGCUCUUCCGUACGGUAGCCUCUCCAGCUCGGCCGUCGUGGUCGCCGUCAAGGCCGGGUAUCGCAUGCCUCGUCCCGUGAGCUGCCCCGAGCCCGUCUACGAUAUUAUGCAACAGUGCUGGUGCGAAUAUCGAGCGCGACCGAGCUUCUUACAUCUGGCAGCACAACUUUCGAGUUUGAACACCCAAAAGCUAAACAACAAGACCAUUCCGGGCCUGCCGAUUCCGGAAACGUCGGAUGAUGAGCGAGUAUCACCCGUCAUUCCCAGCCAUUACAGUCGUUUAGAGCACCGAAAGGAGAGCGCCGACAAUCAGCGAGGAAAUAAGCAUGGGUUGAACCUCAAGGGAGCGCCAAAGCGUCGCAAUCUUGAUGAAGCCCUGCCCACCUAUCUCACCCUGCUAUAG